AUGGUCAGUGGAGUCCCUCCCCUGGUGGCACGUCAUGAGCGUGGGGUGGCGCUUUCCGGACUUGAUGUGGCCGUGUGCUUGCCUUUCAGGCGGGCCCACACCCUGACGGUGCUUUUCAUCCUCACCUGUGUGCUGGGCUAUGUGACUCUGCUGGAGGAGACGCCGCGGGACACGGCCUACAACACCAAGAGAGGUAUUGUGGCCAGUAUUUUGGUUUUCUUAUGUUUUGGAGUCACACAAGCUAAAGACGGGCCAUUUUCCAGACCUCAUCCAGCUUAUUGGAGGUUCUGGCUCUGCGUUAGUGUGGUCUACGAGCUGUUCCUCAUCUUUAUACUCUUCCAGACUGUCCAGGACGGCCGCCAGUUUCUGAAGUAUGUUGACCCCAGGCUGGGGGUCCCACUGCCAGAGAGGGACUAUGGGGGCAACUGCCUCAUCUAUGACCCAGACAAUAAGACCGACCCCUUCCACAAUGUCUGGGACAAGCUGGACGGCUUUGUGCCUGCACACUUUAUUGGCUGGUACCUGAAGACCCUGAUGAUCCGGGACUGGUGGAUGUGCACGAUCGUGAGCGUGGUGUUUGAGUUCCUGGAAUACAGCCUGGAGCACCAGCUGCCCAACUUCAGCGAGUGCUGGUGGGACCAUGUAGGUGCCGGCUGCCCGCCUGCCCACUGAGCCCCGUGUCCCUGACCCGGGCCCGCCACACCAUCGCUGGGGGAGGCACAUGGCGCAGGCUCCCCGUGGACCGGGCCGGACGGA